AUGCCGGAUCCCGCUAAAUCCGCUCCUGCCCCGAAGAAGGGCUCCAAGAAGGCGGUGACCAAGGCGCAGAAGAAGGGGAUGUACGGUACAGCAGGCAGCAGCCGCAAGGAGAGCUACUCCGUGUACGUGUACAAGGUGCUGAAGCAGGUCCACCCCGACACCGGCAUCUCGUCCAAGGCCAUGGGCAUCAUGAACUCCUUCGUGAACGACAUCUUCGAGCGCAUCGCGGGGGAGGCGUCGCGGCUGGCGCAUUACAACAAGCGCUCGACCAUCACGUCCAGGGAGAUCCAGACGGCCGUGCGCCUGCUGCUGCCCGGGGAGCUGGCCAAGCACGCCGUGUCCGAGGGCACCAAGGCCGUCACCAAGUACACCAGCGCCAAGUAAACAGAUAUAGGAGAAUCUGAAUAAAAAGCAGAAUUUGUGGGAAAAGGAGAGGAAUUGGGACAGAAGAUGACUCAUGAGCAUAUUGUCCAGCCACAGGUGAAAAUUUGUAAAGACUAAAUUUUUGA